AUGGCCUACGUGAUUCGGCCCUUUCUUACAUUCGUUCUUUUGACCACGUUAGUGGCGAUUGCACAGGCCUCACUGCCGGGCUUUUACGAGUAUCCGUCGUCGCCAGUCAUUGAGGUUGAUGCCAAUAACUUCCGCUCAAUAGUUUUCGACACCCAGCACCUUACGCUAGUCGAGUUUUAUGCGCCAUGGUGUGGCCACUGUAAGGAACUCAAAUCUGAGUACAUCAAGACAGCUAAAUCUCUUAAGGGUGUUGCCAAUGUGGCAGCCAUUAACUGUAACGAGGACAGGAAUCGUGUUAUUUGCAACCAGUUCCGUGUCAAGGGAUACCCGACGCUUAAGCUUUUUGGCCCCAAGGGUGAGGGAAAGAUUGGCUCUGACUUUCUUAAGGAUUACCUAGGUGCUCGUAAGAGUGUGCCAAUCCGCAAGGAGGUGAUGGAAAAUAUUAGAGGUUACACUAAGACAAUCUCAUCUGCACCCCAGUUUAUCAAAAAGUAUGAAGAAAGCCCUAGAGUAUUACUCAUUUCCGGCAAAACACACCUAAGCAAAUCCUCUCCUUCGCUGUUUAAAUCACUGUCCAUUGAUUUCCAUCCUCUAGGUGAUCCUGAAGGCCCAGUUUUUGGGUUUGUUCCAUAUAAGCACGCUAAACAGACUCUCAAGGACAUUAAUUUUGAUACUUCUGAUUUCAACCCCAGUUUGUCUGUAUUAGCCUUUUACCCCAAGGGGAAUGACUCGAGCCCUAUUUUUUAUACCGGAUCGAUGCGACGUGAGAAUAUUGCUGAUUUUCUUUCCGAGCAUCUUGAGCAGUUUGACGCUCUGGAUCCUGCUAAGAGACCCAAGAAAAAACUAAAAGCUUUUAAGAAGAGACAGGUGAAAGUUCCUAAAAAGGACAAACGGUCAACUCCUAAAACCAGUUCUAAGUGGAACUAUGCCGAGGCUGAAGCUACAGGGUUCGAGGGACCUCUAAAGCCUACUGAGAGUAACCAGCAUAGACUUUUUGCAAACCGGUUAUUUACCGGAGCUGAUUUGCGAAAGCGCUGUUUCCAGACUACAAGCAAACCGUGUGUUGUUGCUGCAAUUGGUGUGAAUAUGCAAAUGGAUGGGUUGAAGAUGUUUAGCAGUGUGGAAACUAGAUUUGAGCCUACUGAAAAGAUGCCGCGUGGAUUGACUUCAGUAAACUGGAUGCAUAUGAUUGACACGACGGAAGAUGAAAAUGACGAAGUUGCAGGCAUGGUAAAUGCAUUUGGAUUAAAGCCAUACUACCCUGACCCAUGGCCGACACAAGACCUUGAGCAACAAAUUAAGAACUUGCAACGGGCUGGGCUAAGCAACAUGAAGCCCUCUGCUAAUUGGGACCACCCACCCAACGUUGUUUAUAUUAAUGCCAAGGAAGGAUACUACAUUAAUUUCCAUAAAAAAACUGAGCUUACACCAUCAAAUAUUGCAGACUUUGUGAUUAGAUGCAAUAAGGGACACUUUAAGGAAAGAAGAAAGAACUUGCCUAAGGGUUACUUUGUUUCUCCUGUCAAUGAUGAGUUGUAA